AAGUCCAGCGAUGUGUCGGCACAGGCACUGAUCUGCGUUCUGCUGAGCACGAUGGCUCAGAGAAAAAUUCCCAUUCAGCCGUUGGACUGAACUGGUACUGUAACACAGUAUGGAUGGUCAAUAUGAAGCAAGCUUCAUCGAAUUCCUCCAAGAGCUCUGUACUCUGUUCUGAUCAUUUUGAAGAUGCUUGCUUUGACAGGACUGGGCAAACGAUUCGUCUAAGACAGGAUGCUGUCCCAACCACAUUUAAUUUGCCGCCUCGUCAUCAGAAGAUGGAGACCAGCAGCAUGGCAGCAGGAGCUAAUGUUGGUCGUGAUGAGGCAUAUACCACCAUCAACAAUGCUGCAAUUGCAGUCACCACCACCAAGUCUGCUUCUGUCACUGCCAUCACCAUUGCCACCGCCAUUACCAAGACCACUCCUGACACAAAGCCCCCAAGUCCUCAACUGACCAGAUAUUGCAGCUGGAGAAGGAUAUACCAGGAACUUCAAAGCCAGGGCUUGCCAGUCUCCUACAAUAAGAAAAAUGCCAUGGGCCCAUCUAAUGAACUAGUAGUAGAAUAUUUGGCCACAGUUGUAGAAAUGCAGAGACUAACAUACUGCCACAGGUGAGGUUUUGUCCACAGUUCCAGAAGGACACAAAAUAGUAUCAGAAAGUCAUGCCAGAAUCAACAACUGAAGGGUUUGAAGAGCCAGAUAAAGAGCCUAGAAAUGUGAUUUAAACGUACUUCAAUCACAUGCACAGUAGGAGCAAAAACAGCAGCAAACACACAGGAGAUGUAACACUACAUUGACCAACAGCAAAACACUACAGCAGCAUCAACAAUUUCUGCAGGAGAUGCAAAAACCACACUGGCAACCUCAACAACAUCAAGGUGUCCAACAAACACUCCGGGAACGUUAACAGCAACCACAGCUUCAGCUGGAGUUUCAACAAA